AUGCUUGACUUGCAAGCCACUUACGCGCGCUCCCUUGUGACGGAAGCAUUGCGCGCCGUCGUUGCUGACAUCCGAAACGAUAUUCUGAACGGAGACCACACACAACUGCCGGAAUAUACGGAAUACGCCGAACGAACGCUCCAGAAAAUUGAGGCAAAGAUUGGGGCACGCAUGCGUCCCGUCGUCAAUGCAACAGGCACGGUUACACACACCAACUUAGGCAGAUCGUUAUUAAGCACUGCUGCUUGUGAAGCAAUCCAGCAAGCCGCACAAAACUAUGUCAACCUCGAAUACGACAUCGCAACAGGCAGACGUGGACAUCGAGAUAGGAUCACCGAACCCCUUCUACAGCAGUUGACCGGCUGCGAAGCAUCUACAGUCGUUAAUAACAACGCCGCAGCGGUUUUGCUCGCGCUUCAGACGAUGGCACGCGGCAAAGAGGUCAUCGUCUCACGAGGGGAACUGAUCGAAAUCGGUGGGGCAUUCCGAGUUCCCGACGUAAUGGCGGCAAGCGGCGCAGUCCUCCACGAAGUCGGCACCACCAACCGAACCCAUCUCCGAGAUUACGCCGAGGCUAUUAAUGAAAACACGGGACUAUUGCUCAAAGUGCAUCCGAGCAAUUACAAAAUUCUCGGUUUCACUUCAACGCCUGCGAUGGAAGAAUUAACGGAACUCGGUGCCCAGCACGGCAUUCCAACGAUGGAAGAUCUCGGAAGUGGCGCACUCAUUGACAUGACAGCUUAUGGGCUUCCACAUGAACCGCUCGUCGGAGAGCGAAUCGCCAGUGGCGUUGAUAUCGUUACCUUCAGUGGCGACAAAUUGCUCGGCGGACCCCAAGCCGGAAUUAUCGUCGGUAAAGCGGAAUGGAUUGAAAAGAUGCGUAAAAAUCCGAUGAUGCGGGCACUCCGGGUCGAUAAACUCAUCAUCGCCGGUUUGUCAGCAACAUUGCAACUCUAUCUCACAGAAGAUGCCACCAUAACUGAACGGUUUCCGAUGCUCAAUCGCUAUACCCGAUCAAUAGAGGCACUCCAUGCCGUUGCCACAGAACUCAAGACGCAGUUGGAACCCCUCUUCGGGGAAAAAGUCGGCAUUCAGGUCUCGGAAACCUACGGACAAAUAGGGAGUGGUGCCCUCCCUGUCGAGACGUUACCAAGCAUCGCACUUGUCCUUGAACCUUCGGAGUUUUCCGCUGAAAUGCUCGCGGCGCAGUUCCGAAACGCUACGAUUCCCGUCAUCGGUAGAAUCAAGGACGGUCUUUUCUGGCUGGACCUGCGGACAGUUUAUGAAAGAGAACAGGCUUGGAUCGUCGAAACUGCCACACAAGUCGCAAAAAUUUCUUAA